ACGGGACACUGUAAGCGACCACUCUCCACUUUCGAUCAGGAGGAAGUUCUAAAUUCUAGUUUCAAUGGAAAAGGACAGUGUGAAACAAGCUCCAGAUCAAUUUAAACUUCUUCCAAAAAUUAUAAAUGGCGGGAUCGCAGGUAUUAUUGGUGUCUCCGUGGUAUUUCCACUGGACUUGGUUAAAACACGAUUACAGAAUCAAGUUAUCGGCCCUAAUGGCGAACGAAUGUACACAUCUAUGUUCGACUGCUUCAAAAAAACUUAUAAAGCUGAGGGAUAUUUUGGCAUGUACAAAGGAUCUGGUGUGAACAUUCUUUUAAUCACACCAGAGAAAGCAAUUAAACUCACUGCCAAUGAUACUUUCCGUCACUAUUUAUCCACCGGGCCUGGACAGAAACUGCCAUUAGAACGCGAGAUGCUCUCCGGUGGUCUAGCGGGAGCAUGUCAAAUUAUUGUCACGACCCCAAUGGAACUGCUCAAAAUUCAAAUGCAAGAUGCUGGACGAGUGGCAUUAGCAGCGAAAGAAGCAGGGAAAACAGUGCCAAAGGUGUCAGCUCUGUCGUUAACGAAAGAUUUACUGCGAAAGAGAGGCAUCUUGGGACUUUAUCAAGGCACAGGUGCGACAGCGUUAAGAGAUGUUACGUUUUCCGUUAUUUACUUCCCAUUAUUCGCUAGAUUGAAUGAUAUUGGGCCAAAAAGACAGGAUGGCUCCUCCGUAUUUUGGUGGUCCUUUUUGUCUGGUUGUUCAGCUGGUUCUACAGCAGCGAUAUCGGUUAAUCCGUUUGAUGUAAUUAAAACUAGAUUGCAAGUAAUCAAAAAAGCACCUGGUGACAUAACAUAUAAUGGCGUGUUCGAUUGCAUAACAAAAACAAUGAAGAAUGAGGGUCCAACGGCGUUCUUCAAAGGUGGAGCAUGUAGAAUGAUAGUGAUAGCACCCCUUUUCGGGAUUGCACAAACCGUUUACUACCUCGGCGUUGCGGAGUGGCUGUUGGGUCUUAAGUGAA